AUGCCAGCGCCAGACGAGCCCAUCCAGACCGUCUUCGACGUGCUCAUCAUCGGCGCAGGGCCGGGCGGGCUGGCCAUGGCCUCGCGGCUGUGCGAACCCUCGCCCUCGGCCCUCUUCACCGACGAGGAGCACCAGCGGUACCACUGGAUCCGCAAGCACGGCAGCCGCAUGUCCCUCAAGCGGCGAAAGAGCGGCAGUGUGAUCCCCAAGCGAGGCGGCGGCGGCGAUUGCGAGAAGUGCGCAACGGCCAAGUCGCAGCAGCAGCGGCAGCCGGGCUACAAGAUGCUGGUCCUCGACGCCACUAGCGACAAUUGGCUCGGACGCUGGAAUGGGCUGUUUGGCGCCUUUCAGAUCUCGCACCUGCGCAGCCCCAUGUUCUUCCACAUCGACCCGGCGGACCGGGACGCGCUGCUGGCGAGGGCGUACGAGCGCGGCCAGCAGGACGAGCUUCUCGAGCUUCGCGGGUGCGUCGGCAAGGAGAUCAGCAAGCACUUGCGAAAGGCGAGGGCCUCGAGAAACCCGAGACGCCACUCCAUUGUCGAGAUCAACGAGCGGGAGAGAAAGGACUACUUCACUCCGCCCCAGUCGCUGUUCUCGGACCACUGUCAGAGCGUCGUGGACAGAUACGGGCUUCGGGACGGCGUUCUCCGCCACGAGAGCGUGCUGGACAUCGAGUACAGCUCUUUUCAGGACACCCAGGACGAUAAAAAGCUCUUCAAGGUCACGACGGAUAAAGGUGGCAUUCACUUCGCCAAGACGGUAGUUUUGGCGGUCGGUCCCGGCAACGAGCCCUGCAUCCCCAAGGACAUCGAUGGUCUACGCCACACGCUUGGAACCCCGCUCCCGCCGCGCAUAUGCCACGCCAUGAUGAUCAAGGGCGGCUUUCCAGACCCGUCGGUCGGCACCAUCAUCGCGGAGGGGAAGCGGCCGGCCAACGUGCUCGUCGUGGGCGGAGGGCUGACAUCGGCGCAGCUGACGGACCUCGCCAUCCGCCGCGGGGUCAGCAAGGUCUGGCACCUAGUGCGGGGUCGCAGUUGUCAGAUAAAGUACUUCGACGCGGACCUGGCCUGGGUGGGCAAGUACCGGAACGUGGAGCAGGCCAACUUCUGGGGCGCAGAGUCGGACGUGGAGCGCCUGCGCCUGAUCCGGGAGGCCAGGAGCGGCGGCAGCAUGACCCCGAUGUACCACAAGCGUCUCAAGGCUCAUGUGGCCGCGGGACGACUGGAACUGCGCACGGGAACCAAGGUGACGGCGGCGGAGUUCGACGAGGAGUCGCAGACGUGGACCGUGACGACCGAGCCGGCCCUCGAGGAGGGGGCCAGGAUGCCGGCCUUCGACUUCAUCUACUUCGCAACGGGUAUCGACGCCGACAUCGGCACACUACCUUUCCUCGACGGGCUCCGCCGGUCUUACCCAAUCGAAACGCAGGGCGGCCUCCCUUGCCUGAACGACGACCUGAUGUGGUGUGAGGGGGUACCUUUAUUCGUCACCGGCCGCUUUGCCGGCUUGCGGUUGGGUCCGUUCGCCACCAAUCUCGGCGGGGUAAGGACGGGGGCCGAGCGCAUCAGUUGGGCUAUCGAAGAGGUGCUCGAGGCAAGGAGGCGGGAAGGCGGUGACGGCCGUGACAGCAACGAUGCAGAGAGUGGUCUUUCGGAGGCUGAUAUCGACGAGCUCGACUUUGUCACUGGGCGGAACAACAUGUUCCGCAAGCUGAGCAUCGCGGAGGGUGAUGAGUGGUAG